CGAAUUAUCGAGUAUAAAAACAGACUGCUGUUACGAAUUUUAAUCAGAAGCGCACGAAAAUUUUUACGAUUGUAAUCAAACUGUGAUCGAAGGUUUCGUUCCAACAUGUCUCGUGCCGCUGUUAUUUUUCUCCUCUUUGUCGUUGCUUAUAUUUGUAUAAGUAGUGUCAGCUCUGCCUGUGGUCCGAACGAAGAAUUCAAAGUGUGUGGACCUCCUCCUUCUUGCGAACCUACGUGUGCUAAGCCUUACGUAGAUUGUCCUGAGGAAUGCGUUCGUGGCUGCCACUGUGUUAAAGGACAUGUGAGAAACGCAGCUAAACACUGUGUCCCAGUUAGCCAAUGUAAAAGACAUUGAUUGGAUUAGUUCAAUGGGUAGGCUAUUCUUAAGAAAUGGUAGUUUUUAAAUGAAAUAAUAAAGUAUCACAGAUGUAUGCAUGUA